AAACAUACAUACACAAAGUAUGAAUGUGUGUAAUAAUCUGAAAAUGAAAAUAUUCUGACAGAAAAUUAUUAGAAAUUAAAUUACAAGUGCCCUUGAUAAAAAAAAGUUUAAACCAACAUACCUUUAAAUCUCCACCACCAGUAAUGUGUUCAUCUUACAUAUAAUUAAAUAAAAGUGUCAUGUCUUGAUAAAAAAAUAAUGAAAACAAUUACUAUGUCAUUAACCUCGACGAGCUCUAAAAAUUUAAUUUAUUUAAAUUACAAAAUAAUAAAUUAUUUCUUCCCAAAAACGUAGUCCAAAUUUGACAGCUGUGAAAAUGGAAGAAAUGUGCAGUAUUAAUAGUAAUAAUAAAAUAAAUGAAUUAAAUUUUGUAAGUACUCCAGAAAUAGAUAGUAUAAAUAAUCACAAUGACAGUGAUAAUAAAAUAACACUUACAGAUUCUAGCAACAAUGAAAGUACCAAAACAUUCCAAGAAAAUCAAACCAGCGACCUAGACCUGGACAAGAUAAAAAAUUUAUCAGAAAUAGAUAACUUAGAUGUGGAAAAUAAUCAAGAUGUAGAAAAUAAAUUGCCAAAUGAAGGUGAGCACAGAAGCGAGAGUUUGCAGUUGAAGCAUAUAGAAAUCAAUGACAGCUUGGACCCGCAUAAGUCGCAAUUAUUGGUGACUAAAUUCUCGCAUUCUAAUUUGAUCCAGUCAAGUGUACCGCUGAUCAACAAGAGCCGGAAUUUGCUAAACUUCAUCACGGAGAAGUCAACGAAUAUCAUGGAGAAGGCGCUGCUGCCUCAGUACUUGCAGCAGAAAGAAAUGGCACAGAAGCUGGGUAAUUGUGAAGAAAGGGAAGGUGCAGAUCAGAGGUUUGGAAGAGAAGAUGAUUCUUUGGAGGGUGGUAAAGAAGAAAUUAAUGAGGUGGAGGUCAAUGGAGAAGAAAUGGACUGUGGAAGAUUGCUGGAAGAGCUUAGGAAAGUUUCGAGGGAUAAAAUGAUGUUGGAGGAACGGAUCAAAGAAUUGGAAAUAAAUCAAGUGUCUAAGGAGCCAGUAUCACCAUCUAUCGACAACAGAGACGCAACAAUCUCCCGCCUAACUUCCGAACUGCGCAGCGCGCUCUCCCAGAAAGACGCUCUCCUCCAUCAAUACAGUUCCGCGAACAAAGAGCGUGAGAGCAUGGUAAUGAAGUACGCAAUUUCCGAAAAACAGCGCUUAGACUUGCAACGGACCCUAGAACAAUCUCACUCUCGUUUAAAGCAACUGACCUCCGACAAAGAGGUUCUAACUUCAAAAUUAAAGACAGCUUUUAACGAGCGCUCUCGAGUAACUCAAAUGUUGGACGUAAAGUGCCGGGAAUUAAUCGACGCGCAGAAGGAACUCGAGAAGCUCCGUGAAGAUCUUGACUUAAGAGAGGUUAAAUUAAAAUGGACGCAGACUAAAUUAAAAUCUGAGCUGCAGUCUCACAAAGAAACCUCGGAAAAAUUAGAAAAAGCGAGCUUGAGAAUUGAUGAAUUAAAAGACGAGUGUGAAAAUGUCCGCCGUGAGUCUUGCGAGUCGAUAAAGAAGUUCCAACAGUCGGAAGAGAACAAAGCAGUGACUCUAGAUCAUCAAUUAAAGGAACAACAUGCGCGACUAAUUUUAGAACGCCAUGUUGUUGAGGAUAAAGAAGCUGAACGGUUGCAACUGUUGAAAGAAAUCGAGACUCUGAAUCACCGGCAGCAGGUUCUCAUUGAAGAGAACAGUGCGCUGACCUUGAGGAACAACGACUUAGACGCCAUCUAUGUGGAACUGAAGAGGAACUUCGAUGAGUUGGAAGUAGUUAGUGAGGAACGCUUGAAAGCGAUUAAUGACCUGACUGUUAAGGCAGAAACUCUUGAAGGAACUAGGUUGGAACUGAUGGCUAGGAACCAGGAACUGUUGGCGACUGAAAGCGAACUCCAGCGCCUCCAAGCGGUGAACAAGGAACUGCAGGUUGAUAUGGACUGUUCCGUGCAGAGGGAGAACCAGAUGUUGGAGUUCACCCAGAAGCUCACGGAUAAAAAUGUCAGAUUGCAGUCUGAGUUUACAAUUACCGAGUCCAGGAUGAAGGAACUGGAGAAGGAACUGGUUCCGUUCCGGGAACAGGUCAAGGAACUGAAGGCUAGAAUCAAAGAAAUUACCGAAGAGCUGAGAGAUGAGAAGAAGAAACGUGUGGAUGAGUGCGAACUACUUGCGCGACAUCUAGCGGAACAGACCAAGAUGGCGGAGAACUUGAAGCAGAUGCUAGAGGACAGCAAGGGCGAGAACUUGGUGCUUAAGAGAAAGCACCAGAUGACUAUAAAGGAACUUACGAGGGAAGUUGGACAGUUGAAGAAGAAAUUGGAGGGAACUAGUCCCGCUAUAGAGGGCGCUGUUCAGACUAGAACGCCAUCUGUUUUGUCGCUUAAUGAAGAAGCUGAUAAGGAGGCAGGGGUGAUUUAUAAUGAGCUGGAUAAACAGGCGCUUGUUGAUAGGGUGAUCAAGUUGCAGAGGGUUAAUGUUAAGAGGGCGGAAAAGUUGGACUUUUUGGAGGAACAUACUAGAGUGCUUGUUGCUGAGUUGCAGAAGAAGACUAAGAUUAUUCAGAAUUAUGUUUUGAGCGAGAGCUUUGAUGCCAUGGGCAGUAAUGAGAGGGAUAAAUAUAAGAAUUUGAAGAGUCAUAGGGAUACGGCUGAGUUGAUAAAACAUGGCGGAAUAAUGGCGUCCGUUUACCACCAACGAGUUACUGAUGACAAUAUGACGCUGGAAUUGUCGCUGGAGAUAAAUCAAAAGCUGCAGACUGUACUUGAGGAUGCGUUACUUAAAAACAUAACUCUUAAGGACAAUAUCGACACUCUUGGUGAUGAAAUAGCAAAGCUUACAAUCCAAAAUCAAAAAACAGCCAAGUGACAAACGGAUAAAAUUUUUAAAUCUAAUUAUGUUAAUAAUAACAACACAAAUAACAAUAAUAAUAAUGUAAACAACAACAAUAAUAAUAAUAAUUAUUAUUAUUAUUACAAUUAUUAUUAUUAUACUUAUGAUGUAUCAUUAUUGAAAAGUUUGUUGUUUAUCGCGCUGUAUAAUUUUAUUAGUUAUUUUUAACUUCACGCUAAGAAAAUCGAAGAUUUUCAAAUAUCGAGAAGUUAUUGUUUU